AUGGCACGACUCUCCUUCAUCCUCAGCUACCGCAGGCCGAGGUCGACUUUCAAUCGCGUGCUGAAGGAGCGACGGCGCUCUAUUUCUGCACGAAAACCAGAGCAUAAACCCGCCCGACUCCUCAGGUAUGACGAGCUACCUGAAUGGCACAAGGACAAUCCGUACAUUCUAUCCGGCUAUCGCAUGGAGGGACAGUCUUGGACGUGCAUUAAGUCCAUAUUCGCGAUGCAUAAUGAGACUGUCAAUAUCUGGACGCAUCUUCUCCCCGCUGGCGGCUUCGCACUGAGUCAAAUCCUUAUCCAGCUCCUCAUCGACCAUUACUACCCCGAGGCAACCCGCCUGGACCGGUUCGUGAUCGCUUUUAACGUUGCCGCCGGCAUCGUUACCAUGACUCUAUCCUCCCUAUACCAUACACUAAUGUGCCACUCUGAGCAUGUCUCAAACUUGUGGCUCCGGAUUGACUAUAUCGGCAUUCUUACACUAAUACUUGGAAGUUUCUUCAGCGGCAUUCACGUUGGCUUUCGCUGCGAGCCCACCCUGCGGAACAUUCACUGGACUUCGAUAUGCGUUUUGUCGGUUGCAACUUCGAUCCUGGUGAUUGACCCUAAGCUGCAGGGUCUGAAGUACCGUUCACUUCGCACAUCGGCUUUCGUCCUGACCGCAUUGAGCGGCUUUGCUCCUAUUAUACACGGGCUUCUUAUGUACGGCUGGAGCCAGAUGUGGGUUAGGAGUGGGAUGCCCUACUACUUUUUAGAAGGGAUCGUUUACGGAUUCGGAGCCUUUCUUUUUGCGACCCGCAUACCAGAAUCAAUAUGGCCUGGCAAGUUUGACAUCUGGCUGGGGUCACACCAGUUAUUCCAUGUGCUGGUAGUCAUUGCGAGCCUCGUGCACAUGAUCGGAGUAUGGUCCGCUUACGAGUGGCACUACGAGAACCAAAGGAGUUGUCCGGUACCGGUUUGA